GCAAACGGCAUAUUAGGCGUAAAAGAGAAGAACCUCUGUGGCUUUCCAAGGAGGCUUCCAGUAUUCAUCCUUUGUCUCUUUGUGUUCUCUCUCACGUCUUACAUCGGAAUAUUAGAUGGAGGUUUGUCGGAUUAUGCGCGUCACCAUGGCUACAUCUUUGACCACUCACAAAUCUAGGGUAUGGAUUUUAUGUCUUUCGAAAUUUGUCUGCUGGUACCCUCCCAUUCCCUCCAUUUUCUUAUUACUAUCAAUGCUCAUUCUAUCAUCUACGCUCACUUUCUGCGUCGCUUCCCCCUCUUCCAGUGACCCUCCGACAACCUCUUUAAAAACAAUCCAACACCACCUUCCCUAUCAAAUCGUUAUCCUCAUCAUACUCUCUCUCGUCUUUGUUCUAGCCUUGUUGUUUGCCAUGGGGUUUCUGUUCAAAUUUCUUAAGCUUAGGAAAUUCCGACGAGGUAAGCCCACGUCGGACACUCAUCCUGAUCAAAACAAGGGGAAAGAUUCCGUUGUCGAUGGAGAAGGGUUUGUCAGGAAAUUCAAGUGGGACGAGAUUAAGGAUGCCACCAAGGAUUUCUCACUUGUAAUCGGUCAAGGAGGGUUCAGCAAUGUCUACUUGGCUAACUUGUCUGGUUCAAGACAAGGAGCAGUAAAGGUCCACGUCGGUAGUGAUCGACUAAACCAAGUGUUCAAACAAGAACUGGAUAUCUUGCUCCGUCUCCGUCACAACAACAUCGUCAAACUUCUCGGUUACUGCGAUGAUCUAGAGGAAGGGGCCAUGGUGUUUGAGUACAUUCCUAAUGGAAACUUACAACAAAAGUUACACGAAAGGAAUAAGGAAGUACUUCCGUGGAAGAACCGCACGGCCAUAGCUUACCAACUUGCUCAAGCAAUCGAAUACCUACACGAGAAAUGCAGCCUCCAAAUAGUUCAUGGCGACAUCAAAGCUUCAAAUAUCUUGUUGGAUGAGCAAUUUAACUGUAAACUAUGCGAUUUUGGGUCAUCAAAGAUGGGGUUUUCGUCGACGGUGAUGCCACCCUAUUGUUCUAGGAUGAAGCAAGUGAUGAUAGGCUCACCUGGUUACACUGACCCUCAUUACUUAAGGACUGGGUUCGCCUCCAAAAAGAACGAUGUGUACAGCUUGGGUGUUAUCAUACUGGAACUUGUUACUGGUAUGGAAGCUUUUUGCCCUGAGAGGGGACAAUUAUUGACAUCAAUAUUGGCACCCAAUUUAAGAGCCAUUGAGGCGGAGAUGAAAGUGGAGGAAUUGGUGGAUCCACAUUUGGGUGGUGAGUUUGAGUUGGAAGAAGCUGAGGUUAUGGUUUCAAUUGCUGCACUCUGCCUUCACCAGUCUCCCAUUGUUAGGCCUUCGGCUUCUCAAAUCAUGGAAUUAAUGAAGGAGAAGAUCACUUCCAUCAACAUCUUGGAUUGCCACAAAUAAUCAAUAUCGUCUUUUAUCGGGGCGUUUUCCGGUUUCAAAAAAUUGAAAUUGUUUCUACUUAGUUAAAUGUUUCAGGG